AUGGUCGCCUUAGUCGAUGAUCUCCGUCUGGGUAUCAACAGUGGAAGUGUGACCGUGCUGUGUUCUUGGACCUCUUGGCAGCCUUCGAUGCCAUUGAUCACAAAACUCGAAAACGAAUUUGAAAACUCAGAUAAUUUUGAAUCUCCUUUCUCUGCAACAAGAAACUAUGAUGGCCAUGGUUAUGCUUUACAAAGUGCAUUGAAACGAAAAAAAGAUCUUCUGCAGCAGCUCAGGGAUCAAAAUCUUUUGGAUGAAUUUUCACUACCACAUGGAUUGCCGAGAAUCCAAAGAAUACACAUCAGACCAGAACAUGUCUACCAAGCUCCUCAUCUUCCUCCUCCUCCUCCUCCUCCUCCUCCUCCUCCUCCUCCUCCUCCUCCUGCUGUACCUGAACAACCAAGGAUUAUCCAGCAGACAUUGCCUCAACAACCAGCAACUAUUAUUCAACAAAUACCUCAGCAUCCACCUCUCAUUGCUCAAAUUCCACCUCCACAGCCUUUCCCAGCCCCUCGUUCUGGGAGUAUUAAAGAAGAUAUGGUGGAGAUGAUGCUAAUGCAAAAUGCACAGAUGCACCAGAUCAUUAUGCAGAACAUGAUGCUGAAAUCUCUACCACCACCUGUUCAUUCACCAGCUAGUGGGCAUGGAGGUCCUAUGCUUCAACAUGGGCAGCAGUUUACUGCCCCUGUUUUGGUAAGAGCUGAGAAGUCACGGCCAUCAACAGUACACCAUCAUCAUUACUCUUCUCCUGGGAUAGCAGCUAUUCCAUCUCAGGUUGGCUUUUCCAUGUGGCCUUCAGUCAUGCAACCUAACCUUGGUACACAACUAGGAGGAUUCCCAUCUGAUGUCCAUAAUUUGCCCAUUCCAGUUACUGCAAUACAAAGUGUGCCACCCCAUGGAGUGCUUGGACUACCCCAAGGUUUGUAGACUUCUACAGCAUCUGGCAAGCAAAGGUGGCCAGCAAAGAGACACUAGUCACGUGGCUGAACUAGAGCUGGAAUGUUGUCAUCUGAUACUUCAUUUCACAACAGUGAUAACUGUUACUUUGAUCCUUCACAUAUUUACUCAGAAGUAAUCCUACUAAAUUCAAUGGAACCUACAUCAAACAGAAUUUGUGAAGGAUUGCAGGCAGCCUAGACACUAAUUACAACUGAAGAAUACGAUAACAAUGCUGUUAUGCCAGUGUGUUCUUUUUCUACACAUUGCAUUCCGAUGUGCACACCCUGCUUGGAAACAGAAGGAAGAAAUACAGUCAGCCCUCUACAUUUGCGGCUUUUAUUUUUGAGGAUCUGACUAUUCACAGAUUUGAUUAAUAUGUUCUCCCUAGGAAUAUCUAGGUCCCCCAGCUUGACUGUAUGGUCAACAUUCACCAGAUGUUGCACUGGAGGACCUAGAGCUUCCUAGAAAAAACACUUGUCCUAGUGUUUUUGUAGGUCUUCCAAUGGAAUUCUUCUGGCAGAUGUUUACCACAGACCUGCACUGGAGGGCCUAGAGAUUCUUAGAGAGGUGUCCUCUCAGUUAAAAAAAACAGUGUUUUGUUAUUUACAGUUUUCUCACUUUCACAGGGGUCCUGUGCCCUAACCACAGCGAAUAUGGAGGGCCCACUGUAAUGCAAAACAGGACAAGAACAGUGUCAGAAUUAUUCAUGGCAACAUCACCAGAUCCCUCCAGUCAUGGGCUGAAGUGUUGAGAAGCCAGUCCACUUAGAGCACUGGAAAUGCACCCUGAUACACCCUACCCAUCAUCCACUGCCACUGAUACCACCACCAUGUGUAACUCACAGCUGUCAGAACACUGGCAAUAACAGAGCACCCACCAUUGUGGGAGUACCUGUGGUACAAGCUGAAAUGAAACAGCCACUCAUUGGUAGGAAUAGGACAUGCACAGUAGCUAGAAUCUUAUUGUACCCAUUUACACACACAUUGCUCAGAAGCGUGCUUCUGAUUGUACCACAUGAGAUGGGGAUGGGAAAGAGUACACAUCACAACAUCCAGACAGCUCCCUUGGCUGGAGGCCCAUAGAAGGAACAAAAAGGGGCCCUGGGACAAAGAGAUAAGAAGAAAUUAGUUAACUGACAAAGCGUUCUGGUGGCCCCAUUUGCUCAUUGCUGUCACUUCUUCAUAAACACUCACUGCAAAUCCAGGAUCAAGGAUCAAGACAGUCUGUACUCCCUCUGUUGCCUUCCUGUUGCUUUUGGACAUUCUUUCUCCAGCCAAUGAGAGUAUCUAUGUCAGUGCUACUCAGGCUAUUUGAUGUGGAAGCUGGCAAUUACUUUUCCCUCAAAGUGCCGGGGACUGGCACCAUAUUUGUGCCCGCUUGGUAUGUUUAUUUCUUUCUUAAAAACUCUCCAGGAGCUGUCAGCCAAUGGCUCAGGAACCACCACAUUUGAAUAAUAUUGAUUUAUGUAUUACAUUCACAUGUCA